GAUAAAAAUGAUGGUUGCAAAGUUUUUUUGUAUACUUAUUUCAGCUUUUAAAGUUAAGGGCUACUGCUCCACCGGAAAAUGUGAAAAGAUCUCUUUUAAUGAGCAAAAAGACGCCGAUCAUGACAAAGAGUUUGUCGGCCAUGUCUUCCACAAGUCUGUCACUUCAAACCCACAGCAGUGCUAUCUGUGGUGUAUCAACGACUGUCGGUGUCUGUCGAUAAACUACAAGGUCAAGAACAACACCAAAUACUGCGAGUUAAACGAAGGCAGCCAUUUUACAAACAAUAUGUCUUUGAUAAACGAUCCAGGAUCCAUUUAUUACAAACUUGGAAGGGAGGAAUUUAAUAAGGCUUCUAACCACAUCGUUCCAUGUACUGAUGAUGUCACGUGUACCAAUGGCUGCUGCAGGAACAAUCCGUGUCUCAAUGGAGGAACCUGCACUGAGGUCUGUGAGCCCACAAGUGUUCGGUACAACUGUUCCUGUCCUUUACCGUUUGUUGGUAAACACUGCGAGAUUCAGCUGAGAAGAAGCUGUCAGGAUUAUAAAGCAGCCAGGUUCACCGCCUCUGGAUUGUACACCGUCACUGAUGACAGAAACCAAACUUUCCAAGUAUUCUGCGAUUUUGAUUCAGAGCCUGGGUUCGCAUGGAACCUGAUCGAAUCGUUCUACCGGUCCAACAAACAUCUUUUUCAGAAGAAUAUCGUGUUUUACGAUGAUUACCAAGCCAUCAGUGGUGAUGCCCCAAAUUGGCAGGCGUACCUCGUGAAACGACCCUACCUCCUUUGGCUCAGAGAUCACUCAACUCACUGGAGAGCUACUUGCCGAUACAACACAGAGGGUAUCGUAUAUACAGAUUACCUGAGAGCCUCGCUUAAAGAUUUUGAUAUCAUCAGAGACGUACCCACGGUGAAAGAUGUCUGUCGACCCUACGAAUAUGUGAACAUCAGAGGAAAUGAGUGUGUGAAUUGUACCGCACGGACAUGGUAUAAGAAAGGAGAUUAUCCUCUCCAUAUCGAUAGUUAUUUACAGGAUGGCUGUGAUUUCGAUGGAAGCAAAAUAGAUGCAGCUUUAAAUUUUGAGGACAACUCUGGUUGGUACGAUGAAAUAAAUCCUAAAUUUCGUUGUACUUCAAGCGAGAAUGACACCACCCAGAUUUGGAUUGGAGGCAAGUAAUUUCCUCAUAUAAGAACACACCUGCAGUUUUCGCUCAAGGAGUUGGUCCAGCUUAAAAAUUAUUUAGACAUGGCUACCUUUGAAAUGUGAUCAGUUUUACAACACACCAGUUGAGUAGUUUGCAAGUUUACUUGUAUUUUGCAGGCUUCAAAAAGAAUGUUAAAAAUCAACGUUUAAUUUCUGUGUUACUAGAUGCAUGCAAAUAUAACAGUCCGUUUUAACAGUACGUGAAGAUGAAAAUUAUAUGGUUUCUGUAUCUCCUUAAAGUAUUAUUACACAACGUCUUCGCUGAAUGAGCAGUUUGCAGGUUUGAAACAUGUUUGCGAGAUUUUUUAGUUAUGCUUUUACAUAUGCAACUUUGUUUUGAUUUAAAUAAGAGCGAGUA